UAUUUUUUAUUACUUAAUUAAAGAAUAAAAAAAUUAUUCUAAUGAAUUUUAUUCUUCUUCUUCGGAUUCAAAAUAGAAGAAUAAAAGAAUAAGUAGAAGAAUUAAGUUAAGUCAAUCCAAAAAGAAAAGGAGGUUCAUGGCCAAGGGAAAAGAUGUUAGAAUCAGAGUUAUUUUGGAAUGCAUCAGUUGUGUUCGAAAAGGUGCCAAUGAGGAAUCGACGGGGAUUUCUAGAUAUAGUACUCAAAAGAAUCGCCACAAUACACCCGGACAAUUAGAAUUCAAAAAAAUUUGUCGUUAUUGUCGCAAGCAUACGACUCAUCACGAAAUAAAGAAAUAGGAACAUCGUGUGUUUGAUCUUUCCAAACAACAGAAAGAGUAAGAACUUCAUAUUUAAUAUAUAAAGAAAACAUAGUAUAGAAUACAAAAUACAAAUCAACUCAUCUGAUUUCCGGUAGAUAUUAUUUCAUAUGUAUAGAGGGUAUUCAUAUACUAUAAUAUGAAUCAAAUAAGAUAUGGAUCAAAGAGAAACUACUUCUUCUGGAUCCUAAAUUAAUAAAAUAAAGAAGUGAAUUUUCAAAUUUUCAAAUUUUAAAUAAGGAAUAAAUCAUGUAUACAUCUAAACAACCUUUUCUUAAAUCUAAGCAACCCUUUAGUAAAUCCAAGCAAACUUUUAAUAAAUCCAAGCAACCCUUUCGUAAAUCCAAGCAAACUUUUCGUAAAUUCAAGAAACCUUUUCGUAAAUCUAAACAACCUUUUCGUAGGCGUCCCCGGAUUGGCCCGGGAGAUCGAAUUGAUUAUAGAAACAUGAGUUUAAUUAAUAGAUUUAUUAGUGUACAAGGAAAAAUAUUAUCGAGACGAAUAAAUAGAUUAACCUUGAAACAACAACGAUUAAUUACUCUUGCUAUAAAACAGGCUCGUAUUUUAUCUUUCUUACUGUUUUGUAACUAUGAGAACGAAAAGCAAUUUCAAGCCCAGUCAAUUUCAAUAAUUACAGGUUCUAGACCCAGAAAAAAUAGACAUAUUCCUCAAUUAACGCAAAAGUACAAUUCCAAUCGAAACUUAAGAAACAACAACCAAAAUUUAAGAAACAACAACCGGAACUUAAGUUCCGAUUGUUGAUGCUUUAUUCGAAUUCGAAAGGGCCAGACCUAUAUAUAUUAUAAAGAAAGUAAUCCAGCUCGUUGAUUCCUACCACUUAAUCUUAAUUUAUUGUAUCUUCCCGGAGUUCCCUCUCCGGGAAUUCAUCUUUUAUUAUUCUAGUAUAUUACUUUAUUUAUACCUUUAAUUGAUGAUCUUUAUUUUAUUGGAAAUCGUGUAAAGAUUAUUUGGAUUUGAUACAGCUACUUGUGCAAGCAUUUUACGAUUAAGAAUCAAUUUCUUCUUGUACAGGUUGUGUAUUAAUUUACUAUAACUAUCGAAUACUUUAUAUACCAGCGUUGCUGCAUUUAUCCGAGUGAUCCACAAACGACGAAAAUCCCUCUUUUGCCUACCUCUAUCUCGAUGAGAGGAAACAAAAGCUCUUUUUACCUGUUGGGUAAUCAUUCGAUUAAGUCUUAAAUGAGCCCCUCUAAAGUUUGAGGCAAAUGAACGCAUUUUUGUUCGUCGUCUCCGGGCUAUAUAUCCUCGCGGAACUCUGGUCAUUGAAUCAAAUUAACCUUAAUGAAUAACUAAUGAUUUCUCUUCUUUUAGCCACCCUUUUUCUCAUUAAUAACAAAACUAAUUAUUCCGAUAUAUAAAAUAUUAAUUCCAAUGGCUUUUGCUAUAGUAACCUUCCCAACCACGAUUUUUUAUUCCACUCCGUUCAGUUAUUUCUAUACGAAAUAACAAAUUCAUUCUAAUGAUACUAAAAAAAAUAGUGGGUUCCAUCGUUUCUAUGGUUCCCUUUUAAACGGUGAGGCCCUCUCUAUACACCGGAGCCCUUUCUUUCAUCAAAAGGUAUUGCGAACUUGUAUAGUCCACAUUCUUUGGCUCUACAUAUCCAUUAUAGAGUAAAUAGCUCUUUUCACAAUAAGAGUUAUCCAUACAGUGACGGUAUUUAAUUAUGAAAGUUGGCUAAGUAGCUGACCCUGUUAGUCCGUUCUUUUAAGAUAAAGGAGCAUAAGCCUUUUUCUUUUUAUUACUAUUUCCUCCGCUUAAUGGAUAACCAUUUGCUUCCAAUGGGAGAAUUGCUUCUUAUUUCUAAUUUAGAUAAUUGGAUUUGCACCAAAGGAAACCAUAAAUUCCAUAUACCAUAGAAAUCUAGGAUAGAGAAGCUAUAUCCUAUUCAUUGGUACUAAUCAUGGAUACUUCAAUUUUUUUUAUAUUUGUUUGAAGUCAUGAUCUGAACGAGUCGCACAUACACCCUAGCACAUGUUCCUCGACGCUGAGGGCAUCCUUUAAGCGCGGCCGUUUUUCGAGCAUUUCGUAUUGGCUGUCUUGCGUUUCUAAUAAGUUGUUUAACCAUCGGCAUGUUGUAUGUAUAUAGAAAAAAAUGGAUUGGUUUAGAUCCAUCUUAACCUGAUGAUUUCUCAUCAUGAAGUCUUUCUAUUCUCUAUUAAAUCGAGGAAAACAAUAAUUUAGCUGUGAAAUAACUUUACAAGAAAUCCGGACACUACCAAUCCUUAAACAUUUCUAGAAACCACACUGGAUCAGUAUCGCAGUGCUUGUCAAUCAUUUCAUCCCCUACAAUAUCGACAAGUCCAUAAGCUUUGGCUUCGUCUGCUGACAUAAAAA